AUGAAUUACGUUCCACUGAAUGGAAAACAAGAACAAUCUACUUCGUCACCAACUUCCUUUCAUAAUUCUAAUAGAUUUUACAUUAAUCAACAAAAAGCAGUUUUACAGUUACCAAAACCUCGAUUUGAAUUAACGGUCAAUGGUCAUUCGCAUGCAAAUCAUCAGCAACAACAUUCUCAUAGAACACAAGAUUUUUCUCAUGUAACUAUUCAAAAGCCCGAUAUACGUCCUUCUCGAACACCAAUACCAUUUAGUACAAUGACGCCAAUAACUCGUACUAAUAGUCCUUUGAAUAAUGUUCAACAAAAACUAGCUGCACUCACAUUACGUUUAGAAAAAGAAUUAGAAAAUGAUGCAACUGUGGAUGAAUAUUAUGGUCAAUGUACAAAAUGUGGUCAACCAGUAACUGAUUCAUCUGAUGCUUGUCAAGCUAUGGGUGAACUUUAUCAUAAUAACUGUUUUAAAUGUGUUGUAUGUGCUAGAAUAUUACGAGGCAAAGCAUUUUAUCGUAUACAUGAUCAAGUGUAUUGUGAAGAAGAUUAUUUGUUUACUGGUUAUCAACAAAAGGUAGAGAAAUGUCAUAUUUGUGAUCAUCUUAUUAUGGAUAAGAUGCUUCAAGCACUUGGCAAUGCAUAUCAUCCUGGUUGUUUUCGUUGUUCAAUAUGUAAUGAAUGUCUUGAUGGUCUUCCAUUUACUGUUGAUAAAGAACGACGUAUACUUUGUUUAUAUGACUAUCAUAAUACUUAUGCUCCUAGAUGUGCUAAAUGUGCUUAUCCUAUUUGUCCAGAAGACGGUUCUUAUGAAACCAUUCGUGUUAUUGCUAUGAAUAAAAAUUUUCAUGUUGAAUGUUAUCGAUGUGAAGAUUGUCAAUCUAGUUUGAGUGAUGAGCAGACGAUAGCUCUUUUAGGCGGUUGCUGUCCAUUAACAGAUGGCACAUUAUUAUGUUAUCGAUGUCGAAUGCGUCGAGGUGCUAAUGACAAUUGA